CUUCCUUCCCGCCCCUCCCUCCGCUGCUAGCCCAGUUAGCAGUAGCACAGUUAGCCUCCAGCAGCUGUCGGUGGCAGUCAGUCAGUCAGUCAGUCAGUGAGCUGGUGCGACUGUAACCGUCGUCCUCCUCCUUCCCUCCCGUGGACAGACAAACCGUGGACGGCCGGGUUGUUUCUUCGGGAGCCAGCUGCGGUAGAAUCGUUGUCCCCGCCGUCGCGACAGGAAGCAGCAGCAGCAGCAGCGGCAGCAGCAGCUCUCUGGGCCAUGGCCAGAACAGAACAAGUGCUGGUGCUGGAGCCACAACACGAGCUGAAGUUCAGAGGACCGUUUACAGAUGUCGUCACUGCCACUCUGAAGCUCACCAACCCCACAGAUAGAAAUGUGUGUUUCAAAGUCAAGACAACCGCACCUCGCAGAUACUGUGUGCGCCCCAACAGUGGCAUCAUCGACUCCGGAACCUCCAUCAACGUCUCUGUUAUGCUACAGCCUUUUGACUACGACCCCAAUGAAAAGAGUAAACACAAAUUCAUGGUGCAGUCCAUGCUGGCUCCGUACGACAUGACUGACAUGGAAGGAGUUUGGAAGGAGGCGAAGCCAGAAGAGCUGAUGGAUUCAAAGUUGAGAUGUGCAUUUGAGAUGCCUCUAGAAAAUGACAAAACUCAUGAGAGUGAAAGCAACAAAACUGUGUCUUCCUCUACCUCCUCUGUUAAGACCGAGCACUCUGCGCUGCCGAAGUCUGCCAGCGCCUCGCUGGAUGACGGAGAGGUGAAGAAGAUCAUGGAGGAGUGCAAGCGGCUGCAGAUGGAAGUGCAGAGGCUACGGGAAGAAAACAAACAGAUCAGGGAGGACGACGGACUGCGGAAGAGAAAGGUGACGUCGCUGGCCGCUGCUCCCCACUCCUCUUCUUCCUCCGUCAUGGCAACCUCGGCCAUGAGGGACGAAGGCCUAAGCAUCCGCGUCCUGGCGCUCUGCGUGCUCUUCUUUGUCAUUGGAGUCAUCAUUGGCAAGCUCGCCCUGUAGAGACACAGACGGACAGAGCACAGUGACAGACGGCGAGGACGGCGUGCUCGGGAGGACACGCGUCAAUGACGGCAACGGGGAUGUCUUCUGGGUUUAUGUUGAUUUCUCUUUCUUUUUUUUUUUUUUUCUUUUUUUUAAACAUUUAAGGCAAUAUCAUGAUGGGUUGUCUGGAUGGAAAAUAAUUUAAUGUGUAAGAAAAAAAAAAAGAAAACAAAGGAAGGCGAUUCCAGUUAAAUCACCAGUACGAGCGUUUUUGUCACAGGUCUUGCCUUCUUUUCUUUUUUUUUUUUUUUGUGAAAUAAUCUCCACCUCUGAUCCGUUCUUUCCGUCCAUCCCUCGUUCUUAAAUGAUCUUCCCCCAACUUGCACAGGUAACAGUUAGUGGUGUGUGGAUGUGGCUUCACUCUGGCUGAAUGUCUAAAGUCUUUCAUUGAUUCUAUAUUGAUUAUCAAGUCUUUAACUUCCACAUUGUCUGUAAGAAAGAUCCGACACUCCUCCUCUGAUGAUCUCUCUUCCACUUAUUACUGAUAAUCUACAAGGAGAGUUGAACACAAGCGACGAGUGAAAGACUCAAACUGUAUCGUCUUCUAAACAGUUUGUGGUUUAAAAACGCGAGCCAGUUAAAGCCGUGCAUUUGUGUGCGUGUGUCUGUGUCUUGUUGAUUUUUUUUUUUUUUUUCUUUUUCUUUUUUUUUUCUUCCUCCUGCAGGAGGGCUGAUGUGACUGCAUGUGUAUGUUUUUAUGUGAGGAGACCACAAACGGUGAAAUCACAGGCUGUUGAGUUUUAGAGCGAAGGAAGAGGGGUGGUUUAACAGAUUUCCUGUACACAACAGAAAAAAUGGGGGUUUAUUUGUUAAAAAAUCUGAUUAAAAUGUAUCUGACCAGACCAAGGAAUCAAUAGGAAUUCAAUAAAUCCAUUUUUGGGGCAAUUGGUAAAAAUUAUGACUUAAUAAAAUCAAGAUUACGACAUGAAAUUAAUGCUACGCAGUGAUCUAGUUCAAAGACAAAGCAUCAGAGUUUCCCAGUUAACACUUUCUUGAUCAUUACUUCCUCAGGUUGCGAGGGAGAAAGUGGCAUCAGCCAAUAAAAACACCUUAAAACAAACUUGUCAUGCAAAACCAACUCUGACAUUUUCAGUAUAUAACACACAGUAUGUAACAGUAGUUUUGGCCACCUUGUUUAAUUUGGAGUAUUGUAUUUUGCGUCCUUGUAUUACAACAGUUGUUUGCUUUCUUUCUUAUAUUAUCAUGUAGCCACGAUGCUUCUCAUGUUUAAUAUUCAAAUGCACUAUAUUCAAAUGUCCACUCUGCAGUCUGCAUGAAAUGACCUGGAUUUAUUAUUAUUAUUAUUUUUUUGAGUGUUGGAAAUUAUAUGAGCAAAACAGAAAAAAAAAAAAGUACCAUCUUUUCAAAAGGGACCAUCUUGAGUCUGGUUCAUCAGUUUUUUUUGUGUGUGUGUGUGUGUGUGUGUGUGUGUGUGUGUGUGUGUUUUUUUGUUUCCUUUCGGUCAUCUUUUUCUUCAGUUUCCUGUUGGGCUCUGGUGGUCGUGUGAGAAAACCGAGACAACACAGCUGUAUUAUCUCGGCUAUCACAUGACCAUCUCGGCAAACUCGGCCGUUAAGAGGAAGAAUAAAUAUCUGUAUUUUUUCGUUGCCUGAAGGAGCUUCGGGGAGCAGAGAUGUGGGGAUGUGGGCGGCUGGGAGGAGGACUGACCUGUGAAUACACACUACAUUGAUAAAAGUUAAAAAAAAAAAAAAAAAAGGCAUCAGUGCUUCAGACCACACAUGCAGAGAUACAGUCACACAACAAUGUAAUCACACAGUAAUUGGAUACUCUUUUGUAUGUACAUAAAAAUAAAAUUACUUAAAAGAUAACCGGCAAA